AGGCUUUAAACCCUAAUGCGAAACCUUUCACUGCCUCUCGUGCUCCGCGUCUCCACCACACAAGAGAACCACCACAGCACCUCGCCGCCGCCGCCGCCGACGAGGACGACGACGACGAUGUGGCGCUCACGAGCUCGCGCUCUCCUCCUGCUCCGCUCGUCCGUCCCCAGGUCCCCACCGCCGCAGCAAAAUCCACUUCGGAGCUUGAUCCGAGCCCCACCCCCGCCACCGCGCCGUCUCUCCCGCUUCCUCUCCUCCUCCUCCCCGGAGGCCCUGCCGGACGCCCCUUCCUCCGCUGCGGAGGCCCUCCCGGAUGAUCCCUUCGCCUUCGCGCCCGGCGGUGUAUCCGGAUCGGCUGAUCCCACCGAGGCCGACGAGGACAACCUGGCCGCGCUCUGGGAGGAGGAUGCGGGAGACGCCGACGACAUCUUCGUCUCCGCCGCCUCCUCCGACACCGCCGAUCCCGAAGCCAGGGACGAGGAGGUCGCCCGCGUCCGCGCCGUCGUGGAGUCCACCCCGGAGGACCAGAUCCCCACCGCCAUCGCCGACAUGGUCGUUGACUUCACCGAGCCGCUCCUAGCCGCUAUCCUCCUCUCCGCCGAGAACUGCUCUGGUAAAAAGCUACUCCUCUUGUUCAAGUCUGCCGGGAAGAACAACCCUGAUGUCAAGAGCCUUGCCAAUCUUGACAUCGUCGCGAGCAAGGUUGCUGAAUCCGCCGAGAUUGACAAGAUGGACGCGUACAUGCUCUGGGAUUUGGUGAAGGAAAUGGGCAGUGUGCCAGGAUCAUUGAGCACCCCACUGCUGAACAAAGUGCUAGCAAUGUUCUGGAAGCUUGAGAAAUCGAAGGCGGCGCUAGAGGUGCUUGACAAGUUCAGUGAGUUUUACUGUACUCCGGACGGCGACAGUUAUUAUCUGGCGAUUCAAGCGGCUGGAAAGAAGUCCAUGGUUGGUGCUGCAUGGGGAGUUUGCGAGAAGAUGAUUAGCUCUGGGUGCUUCCCUGAUGGGGAGAAGGCCGGUGAGAUUGUGACCUUCUUUUGCAAGGGGAAGAAGGUGACGGAGGCACAUUCAGUAUACCUAGCAGCGAAGGAGAAGAAGGUUCAGAUUCCUACGUCAUCCUUGGAUUUCCUUGUUGGUGCUUUGGCGAAGAAUGACGAGACCGUCUGUAUGGCUCUGGAGCUGCUGGAGGAAUACAAAGGAGAGUCUCUUAAGCAUGCAGGCAAGUCCUUUGCUGCCGUUAUACGUAGUUUGUGCAGGAUGAAGAAUGUGGAUGAUGCAAAGAAGCUGUUGAUGAGGAUGGUGAAUCUUGGCCCAGCUCCUGGUAGUGCAGUGUUCAACUUUGUCAUCACAGGAUUGUCUAAAGAGGGAGAAAUGGAGGACGCAAAGGAUAUGAUUAGGGUGAUGGAGAGCCGAGGGCUGCGCCCUGAUGUUUAUACAUACAGCGUGAUCAUGAGUGGCUACGCAAAGGGAGGCAUGAUUGAUGAAGCCCAUUCUCUACUUCGCGAAGCUAAGAAGAUCUAUCGAAAACUAAGCACGGUUUCUUAUCACAUACUGAUCCGUGGUUACUGCAAGAUGGAGGAGUUUGAGAAGGCCCUGGAGUGCCUAAAGGAGAUGAAGAAGGACGGGGUGCAGCCAAAUGUGGAUGAGUAUAACAAACUCAUCCAGUCGUUGUGUCUGAAGUCUAUGGACUGGAGAACAGCUGAGAAGCUCCUGGAGGAAAUGGAGGGCAGUGGACUAUACCUUAAGGGCAUUACCCGCAGCCUCAUAGUAGCAGUCAAGGAAUUGGAAAUGGAAGAGGUGGCAAAAGACAGCCAAGAAGCAUAGUUUCUCUAGGAUACGCUUGAAGUGACACAUCCGCUAAUCAGUUUUGGGGAAUUUGCCCUCUUUUGCCUCUCCGCAUCUCUGGUGAGGUUAUGAAAAACACCAUCUUUUGUACUUGUCUGCUUGUUGUUAGAUGCUAAAAUAAUAUUGCAUUUGUAGUAUAAAUGCUGGACCGGCAGGGAUGCAUAUUUAAUUUUGGUCUAGAGUUUCUGCUUCUGCAGAAGUAGAACCAUGAGAAUUUUCACGCAAAUUUUGAUCCAA